AUGGCGGAAGACAUUGCGGUUCAAACGGAAGAAGUCGAAUACGCAAAGUUAUACGGAGUACCCUUGAAACAUCCUUUAGAAAUAAACAAGGAAUCAGUAUCUUCCGAAAAGGAGGAGAAUUUUUCCAGACAGGCGGAAGAAAAGAAAUAUAUAGAAGUGGAUAUCGAAGACAAUAAAAUAAAUAAAGACAUCAAUAACGAGAUCGAUAAGAAGGAAUACAGGAGUAUAUCCGAAUCUCACAGAAACGGAGAUGUAAACGUGAAUUCCAAUAUGAAAAAUAGUAUUUCGACGUCUUCCUUAAUAAUAGAAAAUUACGAUCAUCAAAACGUCAACAUCGUCAGCGACCAUAAUAUAAAUAAUUUUCCGGAAUCUCCCCAACACGUUUUUCAGGCCAAGGUUAAGACGUUAGUCGAUCAUUCUGGCAAACCAUCCCCUACGAAUAACGAUGCCUGCGAUAACAAGGAGCAGCAAUACAGUCCAGCUUCGCCCAGACGUUCUCAGAUGUCUCACAGCGAUUCCGAACCCGACGGGAUUAUUUCCGUCAGUGACAGUUACAGGUCUCACGAUUCGGAAAGUUCCGAGUAUAUUAAAAGAUGCAGAAGUCCUAAUUUUCAAGUAGCAGACGUUAGGCGAAUGGGAGGAAAUUCUCUUCAGAAGAGCGAUAAAAUAUGGAACGCUCGAUACUUAUCGAAAGGNGGCUCUAUGCCUUCAUAA